CUCGUGAGCAAAGCAUGGCGUAAGUCGCGUUUUUGAGAGCUCCAGCAGAAACGUAAUUAUUUCAAGAGCAAUCGCAGAAAUAAUACAUUCUAAAGGUAUGUGAAAAGGUAAAUGUGAGAUACCGUUGAUGCUUUAAAGACGACAUCAAAAGAUACUAAUAUGACAGCGAAACUCAGAAAAUUCAAGUACGACGGUACCGGGAAUUCGCGGCCUAGCGACUCGACUGGAAAGGGAUCCGUCAACCAAUCCAGCCAAACCCUCUUCUCUCGUCAAGGUGAACACAGUGAAACUGACAUGGACAUAGAUGUGUUGAAAUCCGAAAUCCUGACCUCCAUAAGAGCAGAAAUCGGCUUGAUAAUGCGAUCGGAAAUUAAAGCAGUUCUUGCAGAGGAUUUCGACUAUUUGAAAAACGAGUUACAAAAAAUGAGGUCGGAAAUAGCUAAUAAUGCAUUAGCUAUGCGCACCAAAUUGGACCGAGUGAAUGUUACAAUAAAGGACGUAGAGGAAGGUCUGUCAGCAUGGUCAGAUGAAACUACAACACUGCAAACAAAGGUGACUAAACUUGAGAGCCAAGUGAAAUUUCUCGAGGAGAGCUGUGAAAAUACAGAGGGAAGGAUGAGGAGAAACAAAGUCCGGAUCGUGGGAGUGGCUGAAACUCCAGGCUCAAGUAAUAUGGCAGCGGUAUGCAAAUUGCUUCAAGAAGCGCUUAAUAUCGAAAGAGAACUACAGAUUGACCGCUCCCACCGCAGCCUGACACCUAAACGACCAGGAGGAAAUCCACGAGCCAUUAUUGUUCGCAUGCACUAUUAUCAAGAUCGAGAGGAGAUUUUAAAGAAAACACGAGAGAUGGUGCCACUAAAGUUUAAUGGACACCCAAUAGCCAUCUUCCCCGACUUCACAGCAAAGGUUGCAAAGGCUAAAGCAGCAUUCACAGAGGUGAAAAAGCAUAUCAACAACCGGCCAGACAUUCGCUAUGGAUUCAUCUAUCCUGCCAAAUUGCGGAUCACAUUCAGUGGCGAUCAAAGAGAAUUCAUUGACCCAGAGAAAGCCAUGGCUUUUGUGAUGAACACCAUCACAACAAGUUCAUAAA